ACUUAUGUGGGUCUCUCUGGACUUCUUAUACCUCUGACAGAUCACAAAAUAGUUUAACUCUCACCUACCGCAAGCUCUUUCUCCAUGAACUCAUGGAAUUGAUGGCCCUGUCUUUCCUCAUCCAUCAAUUAACCAUGUAUAGAGAACCCUGACUUGUGCAAUUAAAGUUCCAGAUGCUGGUAGAGAAGGAGGUGGACCAGGUCCCAACUCUCAUGGAAUUUCCAUUCUGAAAGCUAACACCAAAUAAUAAGUAAACAAACACUUGAUAUCAGAGAGUAGCAAAUGUGAUAAUGACAAAACAGGGUUAUGUGAAGUGUGGGCUGAGUUGGGUAGGAAUGGGCAUGAGUGUUAGUAACUCUUUAGAGUGGUCUGAGGAUCUCUAUGAAAAGGAAAUAUUCAAAAUCAGGAGCAGAUGAUUUUGAGUUCUAUGGUGAAGAGCAUUUUGAUUCAAGGGGCUAGCUGUGCAAGUCCCUCAGAUGUGAAGGGCCUGGGUCUAUUUAAGAAAGGGAAGAAUAUCAGUAUGAAUUACACAGGAUGCUGAAAUACUGAGAGGAAACCUCCAAGGUUAGAAGAGGCUAUUUCAGUGGUUUCUUUAUUUUUAACAUGCAUCACAAUCACUUGGAGAUUGUUAAGUGUGGACCCUGUUCUUCCUCCUGCCCAAGUGCAUCUGAUUCUGCAGCUCUGGAAUAGGACCUGCGAAUAUGUUUUUCUGACAAGGUCUCAGAUGCUGCAGUUUCUGCUCUGAAAUCACAUUUUGAGAACCAGAAGACUAGGCCCUUGAAAACUAAGGAAGGAAUUUAGGUCUUAAUCUCAAUGCCCUGGAGACUAGAGAAGAACCAGAGAUGGGGUGCGAUCUGAUUUACAUAUUUAGAAGGUCAAUUUGAUUACUGCAAAGGGAAGAUUUUAAGGGACAAAGGAGAAACAAGAGCGACCACUGGAGCAGUCAACACAGCAGAUGAUGGCAUAAUUACCAGAGUGGUAGCCUAGGAGCUGGUGAAAAGUACAUCGAUGGAGGAUGUUUCAGAGGAAAAAAACAAAAGCCAAGGCACCACUUCCUCCAGCUGAGACCAAAAACAUUGAUGUCAUUUCUGUCUAUGACUCUGUAGAAUCCUCUGCUUUCAUCAUGGAUCAGAAAGAAAACCUGGUAGAUAAAGACAUUGAACUCUCAGUAGUUCUACCUGGGGAUAUUAUCAAAUCUACUACAGUUCAUGGCAGUAAACCUAUGAUGGACUUGUUGAUAUUCCUCUGUGCACAAUAUCAUUUAAAUCCAUCGAGUUACACAAUUGAUCUACUGUCAGCUGAGAAGAAUAUCAUCAAAUUUAAGCCAAACACACCAAUAGGAAUGUUAGAGGUGGAAAAAGUAAUUUUAAAGCCAAAAAUUUUGGAUAAGAAAAAGCCGACACCUAUCAUACCAGAGAAGACUGUGAGAGUAGUGAUCAAUUUUAAGAAAACACAGAAGGCGAUAGUGAGAGUUAGCCCUCAUGCAUCGCUUCAAGAACUUGCCCCUACUAUAUGCAGCAAAUGUGAGUUUGAUCCAUUACAUACACUGUUAUUGAAGGAUUAUCAAUCUCAAGAGCCCCUCGAUUUGACAAAAUCUCUUAAUGAUCUGGGACUAAGAGAACUGUAUGCCAUGGAUGUCAGCAGAGCCACUUCUGUUACUGCAUUCCAUAAGUCAUCUUUACAAGAGUCCUGCCAAAUAUCACAGAACCUAGAUAUUAUGAAGGAGAAAGAAAAUAAAGGAUUUUUCAGCUUUUUUCAACGCAGUAAGAAAAAGCGAGAGCAAACUGCAAGUGCCCCUGCAACCCCUCUAAUAAAUAAACAUCGUCCAACUUUUACAAGGUCCAACACCAUUUCCAAACCAUAUAUUUCAAACACCCUGCCAUCAGAUGCUCCAAAGAAGAGGCGGGCUCCAUUGCCUCCAAUGUCAGGAUCUCAGAGUGCCCCUCAGGACCUUGGUCACAUUCAGGAGAAGUCAGCUUCUUGUGUAAUGAAACCCCUGAGUGUGGAUGAAACAGAAAAGAGUCUCUGUGGAGCAGUCAGAGUGAGGACAGGAUCAUUGCAGCUCAGCAGCACUCCUGUUGGCAAUUCGUCUUUGAAAAGAACAAAGCGAAAAGCACCUUCUCCACCCUCUAAAAUGCCUCUGCAUCCAGAUGAGGAAUCUAGUCAUGUGAUUGACAGUGUUUCAGAAGCAAACUCUCCUGAGGAGCUACCUUGCCCAGAUUUUACUUUAGCAGGAGACUCCCUGGGCCCCAGGCUCCCCAGUCAUGAACAGUGCACUGUGCCCACACGGCCGGAUGACACCUCUCUGUCUGAUGGUCCUGGAACGCCCGAGGCGGCCGUGGCAUCUCUGACAUCUGGAAUAAGCUCUGAUUAUAGCCUUGAGGAGAUAGAUGAAAAGGAAGAACUGAGUGAAGGGUCUAAAGAUGAGGCUCAAAAUAUUUCUCUGAAGUCACAAGAUAUUCCUUUUGGAUCUACUAAUAUAAUAAAUACACUGAAAAAUGCUCCUGACUCAGCCCUUGGCAAUGUUACUGAAGAGUCCUCAAAGAACUCCAAAGAAGAAAAACAAGAAAUAAGAAACACAGAUGGACAAGGACCACACAUUAUGGUACAAAAUACAAGCAUUGAAAAGAACAUAGUUGACAGUGUAAAAAACCUGAAGUCACUGGACCCUAACCAAGAAAAUGCAGGUCAAAGUGAAAUAAUUGUGACUACAACAAACACAAAAGAUAAUGUGAAAAAUGGAGUGAGAACAACAGAAAUCAAUGUAGGAGGUGUUACCAAAAAUAAUGUGGAUGUGGAAGUUGACAGACUAUCAAACUAUCAGGCACACAAAGCUGAUACUGCUAGAAGUUACAAGGAAAAUCAUCUAUCUUCUUUAUCAGUACCAGAUCAAAAACCUAACCAGUCUAGUGCAGAUAAGACAAAAAAGCAAGAUGCAGCAAUUCAGACAACUUCCUCCUGUAACAGUUUUGAUGAUAAUCAACAUCGUAAUUUGUCUGAUUUCAAAGUUGAUGAAAGUGUGCAAGCUUCAAGUAACAACAAAUCAACUCAACACUCAUUUUUAAGUCCACAAGAUUAUGUAGAUACAACAAGAAAAUUCAGGAGUCAGAUUCCCCCAAUUUUACAUUCAGAAGAUCAGCUUACCAUAAAAGAUCCAAUUUGUGCACAAGGUAAUGAUGAUCUCUUGUCUCCUGUAGAUGGAACUGAUAAAAAUUCAAAUACCUCAUGUAUAAAGAAUUAUCCAAUUUACCGACAAGACUACAAUCCCAAGCCAAAACCUUCAAAUGAAAUUUCAAGAGAGUAUAUACCCAAAAUUGGGAUGACGACAUAUAAAAUAGUGCCUCCCAAAUCUCUGGAAAUAUCGAACGAUUGGGAAUCAGAAACCAUGGUGUAUAAGGGGAGUCAGGAGAUACAAACUCUAGGUGAAAAAAACACUCAUGAGAAUGUGAAAGAAACUGCAAUUCAAACAGAUGAUCCUGUUGUUUCUGAAAGCCCAAAGGAGCCUUUGGCAGACAUGAAACAGAAGCCUACUCAGAGAAUAGAACAUCGGGUGCACAGUAUGGACAACUCAUUCCACAAUACAAUAGCGAAUCCUCUGAAACCUACUCCCAGGAUAAUGAGAGACACUGUCUCAGCUCCUUUUGCACCAAAUUUGGAAGAUAUAAACAAUAUUUUGGAAUCAAAAAUUAAAUCUCGGGUUUCAAAUCCCCAGUCCAAACCAAGUUCUUUUUUCUUGCAGAUGCAGAAAAGAGCAUCAGGUCACUAUGUAACAUCUGCAGCUGCCAAAAGUGUUCACACCCUCCCUAAUCCUACUCCAAAGGAACUAGCAAAUAAGGAGGUGGAAAGAGACACUCUGCCUUUUCCAGAGCAAACUCUUCCGCCCUUCAAUAAAACAAUUCCCUUUCCACAGCAGCACAUUAAAAGCACUGAUGAUAACAUCAGCAGACGGAAGCCUACUGGAACCUCCCCACCUCCUGUGGCUCCAAAACCUGUUCCUCUUCCUUCCAGUCAGUUACCAGUACUAAAUCUGAAGACUUUGAAGACUUUUGGUGCCCCACGACCUUACUCAAGCUCUGGUCCUUCGCCAUUCGCCCUUGCUGUCGUGAAACGGUCACAGUCUUUCAGUAAAGCUCUUACAGAGUCCUGCAGCGACAGUGCAUCUGCCCAGCCUCCAACUAACACAGAGGGAGGGAAGACGCCUUCUGUGACUAAACAUGUGGACACCCCACAACUUGGUGGGAGUGAUAAGGAAAAUAACUCUGCACAUAGUGAACUGAAUUCCCAAAUACCAUUUUCAACUGACUGCCCAUCAUUCACCCUUAAGAGACAAAGUUCCUUAACAUUCCAAAGCUCUGACCCAGAACAGAUCUGGCAGAGUUUGCUGACUUCAAUCCGUUCUGGAGAGGCUGCUGCCAAUUUGAAAAGGGUUUCGGUUCCAUCAAAUACAAUAUCUGUGAAUGGAAGGUCAAGACUCAGUCAUUCCAUGACCUCUGAUGCCCAGGAUGGCCAUUAAGUAUUGCCCUGCCAUGCUGUAUUUCUUCACCUCCACUUCACAGAAAACAUCAAAUUAAUCUGCUGUCCUAGGAAAUCCACCAACUGUCAAAUAAGAAGACAACGUUUUUGAAGGAUUAUUUGAAGAAAAUGCAAGCCCUGUGGUGCAUAAACCUCUCCUCAUGAAGCAUGUGUGAUUCUCAUGUGUGGCUACUAUGCAACAAACGGUGACUAGUUAUAAAACAGAAAUUUAAAUAUGAGAAUCUUUAUUUUAUCUCUUAUGGUGUUGAUAUCAGGGUCAAAUUACCCACAUACCACAGGACGUA